ACCCUGAGAGGGGAGCCGCUGCCACCUCCACCAGCCCGCCCCGCUGCCGUCCCCACCCACCCACCUAGUUACCUACCUCUGCCUCCUUCCCCUGCCCCUCCACCCCGCCCUCUCUGGUCUCCGGGCGGCCCUGGCGCUCCUGAGCCCGGGUCGCCGGCCCCGCCGCCUCCCCAGAGGAAAGGUGUUUGCGCGCUGAACAGGGCCCGGGCCCUGUCCGCCAUGGGGCUCGCCGCCCGCCGCGCCUGACCCGGCCGCCGCCGCCGCCGCCGCCGUUGACAGCGCGCCGCCGCGAUGCCGAGCGGCAGCUCCGCGGCCCUGGCCCUGGCGGCGGCCCCGGCCCCCCUGCCGCAGCCGCCCCCGCCGCCGCCGCCGCUGCCGCCGCCCGCGGGGGGCCCGGAGCUCGAGGGGGACGGGCUCCUGCUGAGGGAGCGCCUGGCCGCGCUAGGCCUCGACGACCCCAGCCCGGCGGAGCCUGGCGCCCCGGCGCUUCGGGCCGCGGCGGCGGCGGCGCAGGGCCAGGCCCGGCGGGCGGCGGGGCUGUCUCCGGAGGAACGGGCUCCGCCCGGCCGGCCUGGGGCCCCGGAGGCGGCCGAGCUGGAGCUGGAGGAGGACGAGGAGGAGGGGGAGGAAGCGGAGCUGGACGGAGACCUGCUGGAAGAGGAGGAGCUGGAGGAGGCAGAGGAGGAGGACCGGCCGUCGCUGCUGCUGCUGUCGCCGCCCGCGGCCGCCGCCUCCCAGACCCAGCCGAUCCCAGGCGGGUCCCUGGGGUCGGUGCUGAUGCCCGCCGCCGGCUUCGAUGCCCGGGAGGCGGCCGCGGCGGCCGCGGCGGCGGGGGUGCUCUACGGAGGGGACGAUGCCCAGGGCAUGAUGGCGGCGAUGCUGUCCCACGCCUACGGCCCCGGCGGCUGCGGGGCUGCAGCGGCCGCCCUGAACGGGGAGCAGGCUGCCCUGCUCCGGAGGAAGAGCGUCAACACCACCGAGUGCGUCCCGGUGCCCAGCUCCGAGCACGUCGCCGAGAUUGUCGGUCGCCAGGGUUGUAAAAUUAAAGCACUGAGAGCCAAGACAAACACGUACAUCAAGACACCCGUUCGUGGUGAAGAGCCCAUUUUUGUUGUCACUGGACGGAAAGAAGAUGUUGCCAUGGCCAAAAGAGAGAUCCUCUCAGCUGCAGAGCACUUCUCUAUGAUUCGUGCAUCUCGAAACAAAAAUGGCCCUGCCCUGGGAGGGUUGUCAUGUAGUCCUAAUCUGCCUGGUCAAACCACCGUUCAAGUCAGGGUCCCCUAUCGUGUGGUAGGAUUGGUAGUUGGACCCAAAGGAGCAACUAUAAAAAGAAUACAGCAGCAGACCCACACAUACAUAGUAACUCCGAGCAGAGAUAAGGAGCCUGUCUUUGAAGUGACAGGGAUGCCUGAAAAUGUUGACCGAGCAAGAGAAGAAAUAGAAAUGCAUAUUGCCAUGCGUACGGGAAACUAUAUUGAGCUCAAUGAAGAGAAUGAUUUCCAUUACAACGGUACCGAUGUUAGCUUUGAAGGUGGCACUCUUGGCUCUGCGUGGCUCUCCUCCAAUCCGGUUCCUCCUAGCCGCGCAAGAAUGAUAUCCAAUUAUCGAAAUGAUAGUUCCAGUUCUCUGGGAAGUGGUUCCACAGAUUCCUACUUCGGAAGCAAUAGGCUGGCUGACUUUAGUCCAACAAGCCCAUUUAGCACAGGAAACUUUUGGUUUGGAGAUACACUACCAUCUGUAGGCUCAGAAGAUCUUGCAGUUGAUUCUCCUGCCUUUGACUCUUUACCAACAUCCACUCAAACUAUCUGGACUCCCUUUGAACCAGUUAACCCACUCUCUGGCUUUGGGAGUGACCCUUCUAGUAACAUGAAGACUCAGCGUAGAGGAAGUCAGCCAUCUACUCCUCGUCUGUCUCCUACAUUUCCUGAGAGCAUUGAACACCCACUUGCUCGGAGGGUUAGGAGCGACCCACCUAGUACAGGCAACCAUGUUGGCCUUCCAAUAUACAUCCCUGCUUUUUCUAAUGGUACCAAUAGUUACUCCUCUUCCAAUGGUGGUUCCACCUCUAGCUCACCUCCAGAAUCAAGACGAAAGCACGACUGUGUGAUUUGCUUUGAGAAUGAAGUUAUUGCUGCCCUAGUUCCAUGUGGCCACAACCUCUUCUGCAUGGAAUGUGCCAACAAGAUCUGUGAAAAGAGAACGCCAUCAUGUCCCGUUUGCCAGACAGCUGUUACUCAGGCAAUCCAAAUUCACUCUUAACUAUAUAUAUAUACAUAAAUACUAUAUCUCUAUAUGGACUCAUAAAGGCAUGGGUAUAAUGGUACCCCCAGUAAACUUCCUAAUGAAUUCUUAUGACUGUUAUCAGGCUUUAUUGGGAUUAGGCUAAAGUUGUUAGUAAACUUAUAAAAGGCUGCUAUGGUAACACUAAACCUAAGUGGUCUCUUGUCUAUUAGUUUGGUUUGAAUUAUUAAUACUAUCCUGUAGACCCAGAGACAUAGCU